GCUCGUGGGGCGUUUGACGUUCGACUGGGGCCUUCUGCCCCCAAGCGACUUGCCAAACGCUGGACUAGUGCAGCAGCUGUCCGCUUCGCUUCUGAUUCGCGAGCUUAGGAAGGCCGCUGCUGCGAGGCGGGACCGUGACGCUGACGGUGCCUCACUAUCAGCCUGCCGCUGCGCGGCUCAUAUCUUGCGCCUGGGAGCAGGUCUCGUCGCGCCAACACAGAAGCGUCAACCGUCGCUAUGCCUUCUGCCAGCGACCCGGCCGGAGCAUCCACCAGCGGCCGCGAUUUGUCGCAGCGACUGCAGAUUGGCAAGACCCUCGGCUCCGGGGCAUUUGCCAUUGUGUACAAGGCGGCUUUCGAUGGGCGGGAGGUGGCCCUCAAGGUGCUGCUCCCCCAGCACCAGCCCUCCCACCGAGAGGACUGCCCGGUCCGGAUGUUCAUCAGGGAGGGCGAGCUCCUACGCCGACUAGACCACAGCCACGUGGUGCGCUGCCACGCCGUGCUGGAGCUGCCGCCCGGCUUCCCCGGCCUGCUGCGCGGCUACAGCCGACCCGCCUGGGCGCUGGUGCUGGAGCUGCUGGAGGAGGGCAGCCUGUGCAGCCUCAUGCACAGGCAGCUGCUGGCGCCGUGGAAGUUCAUCUACGACAAUGAACAAGCCAUGCAAUGGAGCAUCCAGACCGCGGGCGCGCUAGCGUACCUGCACGCCUGCAGCCCGCCCGUCAUCCACCGGGACGUCAAGCUGGAGAACGUCAUGUUGAGCCGGACUGAGGGCAAGGGCACUGCGCCCGUGGCCAAGCUCGUCGACCUGGGCCUACACACGUGCCCACUUAGAUUGGAGCGCUGCACCCGCCAGACGCUGCUGCGUGUGUCCAUGAGCCGCACAGCCAGCCGCCGCAGCUUCCGCCGCGCAGCCUCAGGCAUAGGCGUCCUGAGCCUGGACGCUGUCAACGUAGCCAACGUUGGCGGUGGAGGUGGCGGCGGCGGCGGCGGCCGCGCCGCCAGCAAUGCUGACGUAAGCGGCCUGUACCAUCACCAGCAGCAGGCGCCGGUGUCAUUGCCAUGCGUCGGCGCUCCUGCCCCAGUGCUCGUAUCCGCCAUCAUGUCGCCCACAGCGAUGGCGUCAGCCGCCGCCAGCAGCGUCGUCAGCGCCGCGCUCGAAGAGGAACGGGCGUCCGCGUCCUGCUUCUACGCCGUCCAAGACGACGGCUCUUCCGCGGUGCCGGUGGACGUGCGGAACAACAACAUGGGCGAGCGGCUGAGGCCACUGCACGGCGUCACUGCGCCGCCGCCGCUGGUGCUCGAGGGCCGUGUGCUGGGCCCCCACAGCCGGCCUGGAUCGGGUCGCAUUCUCCGCGUGGGCAGCACCAACGGCGCAUCGCCGCUGCCGCGCGCUUCCACCGCCGGAGGAGGCGUAUUGGGUGCGCUGGUGGAGGUGUGUGAGGAGGACGCGCUUCGGGCACGCGCGUCCGCCGAGGCCCCCACAGACCAGCAGCCGGGGCCGGUGGCGGCGGCGCAGCAGCUACUGCAGCAACCAGCGCAGCAGCCGGGCGGCGGCGGCGAUGUGCCUGUCCAGGCAGUGGCCGCGACUUCCUUGCGGCCGGAGACCGCCAGCACGGACAGUGAUGGCAGCGGCGGCACCGCCGCCGCACCGCCCACCACCACCGCUGGCAGCACCCUCAACACCUCCCUCGCGCGCUCCAGUUACGGCGACAUCCUGCCCAACCUGGUCAACACCGGCGGCGGCGCGGGCGCCACCAUCUCCAUCGGCAUGGAGCUGCAGAGCCGGAUGCCUUCAUACGCCGAAAGCACGGCCACGGGUGUCACCGACUGCGGCGGCAGCCUCUUCAACAUGCCGCCGCCUCCGUCCAUGGUGCUAGCGGCGGCGGACGGUGGCCCUGCUGGCGGCGCUUGCAGCGCGAGCGCCGCAGCCGUGCUGGCACAACACCCCAGCCGCCGGCGCCUGGGCGGACACCACCUGCUAUUCCGCAACUCGCCUGCUGGGUCGUCUUACAGUGGCUCCGCCAGCAACACAGCCAGCGGCGCCGCGCCCGAUGCCGCCAAGUCCGACCCAACCUGCGGCCGCGGCACUCCCUUUGCGCAGCUCUCGGUGGUCGGUGUGGCUGCAGCAGCGGGCGCUGACGGCGCCGCCGCAACAUCAGCCGCAGCGCUACAGAGCAGGCCGUCCUCCCUGCCGUCCGGCGCCUCUCCCCGCGCUGCCGCCGCGCACGCGCACCAUGUACAGCAGCACCACCCCACGACUCGCAGCUGUCUCUCUGCCGUCACGCACGCCCACGACCCCACCUCUGCCGCCGCCGCCGCCGCCGCCUCCACCGUAACCUCCACGCCCGGACGGCUCGUCAGCGUCGCGGCAAUGCCUUCGCGCCCCGCCUCCCUCUCCGGCUGCCGCGCCGCUGCCAUGGCCGCCGCCUCCGCCUCCGCCGCGGACGCGGCUCAAGCUCAUGUCCUAGCCACGUCGAUGCCGCCGCCGGCUGCGGUCCUCGACGCGGAUCCCGGUGGCGUUAACAGCCGGCCGGCCACGGCGCGAGACGUGUCCCUGUCGCUGGGGGCGCUCCUGGACACCGGUGGCGGAGAGGAGGCGGGCACACACGCGACUCUUGAGGUGGUGUACCGCCUCACGGGCGAGACCGGCAGCUGCAUGGCGAUGGCUCCCGAGAUCCGGCUGCAGCAGCCGUACAACGAGAAGAUAGAUGUGUACGCCUUCGCGAUCCUGCUGUACGAGGUGUGGAGCCGCUCGCUGCUGGCCGUGAGCCACGUGGGCACCAAGCGCCCCGACAUGCCUGAGAUGAUCCACAAAUGCGAACAGUUCCCGGACCUCAUCGUCAGCGGCUGGCGGCCGGCGCGGGCGGGCGCCAUUCCCGAGCCCAUCUGGCAGGUCAUAUGCGAGUGCUGGGACUCGGACCCUUUGGCACGUCCCACCAUGCUGGAGGUGGAGGCCCGCCUGCAGCAGCUGCUGGCCGAACAGCCCGAGUCGGUCAUUGGUGUGGCCAGCGGCAAGGGGGGCAAGAAGCUGACGGCCACGUCAUCUGCUGGGGCUGCCGGUGGCGGUAGCAGCGGCGGCGGGGGGAGGGCAGCUGCGGCAGCAGGCUGUGGCUGCGUGAUUUGUUAAGGUGUGAGAGGGGCGGCGGAGGUGUUGGUUGGGUGAGACAGGCAGUUGUGUACCGUGCGGCUAGGCUUUUGGUUGAGAGGGCUGCUUGAGAGAGCAUUUUGUCAAUUCGGCAGGGGCGGAUGCGUGGGGAAGCAAAGCGUACGACUGCACGUGCGGAUUGCCUGGUGGGCAAGAGGCGGUGGAAAAUAAAGAAGACGUGUUAUGGGCGGUACACACAUUUGCAAGAUGCAUAAGCAUCGGGGGAAGAGUAUGCGAUGCCGUGAUUUGGCUGCUGUGCACGUGCAAGUGCACACACGCGCAUCACCGCGGUGGCACCCUUUGGAAUUGCAUUUACGCUGCUGGCACCGGCAGCCGCGCAUGGUGCACAGUGCGCAAAUGGUUGCUCCCGUUGCCUCGUUCGGACACAGCAGAUAUGCACAACACCUUGACAUGACACACACAUUGCAACCAACCCACCCCAGUUGUGCAACAGUAGCCUGGCGUCGAUUGCCAAGGCUGCUUAUGCGAGUGGCAAGGUACUUGGAGAAAUGCAUUAUUUGUCUUGCUGCUGCGGCCGUGUGCCGACCUUCUUUGGUUGAGGACUUGACAUUAUUGUGAUGCUGUAUUGCUUGAUUGUGCAUGCGCCAUCAUAGAGCGUCAUCUGGGUUCCGCUUGUGAACUGUGUAGAGCAGGUGAUGCACACGUGCUUGUUCAGAUUGGCCAGUCCUCUAAGGGGAAACAGGGGAAGCCAGUGCAUUUUGCGGCAGCGGCGGGGCGGAAGGGUUAAGAAUUGUGUGACGGGUGACGCAGUGAAUGGCAUCGGCUACCUGGCUUUGUGGGCUCGCCCCAACUCCGCAUGCAGUCACCUGAUGCCAAUGUGCAGGGAUGGCAGGGACGUGUGCAUGAACAAGGUAACUGGGCGGCACUGCCUACCGCAUAAGGAAGUACGAAGCGCAGCAGGGAAGUAGGCGCUCACGAUUGGUGCGGUUGCGGUCGACUGGCACUUGUGGCUGUCGGCCCUGUCAGGCACACGCAUCCGCGUACCUUGCUGCGAAGUGGGGGCUGCAUCGUUGCGAGAGUGCGUGCCGCCAUUCCUCGACUGCUCGACCUUGACUGGAUCUGAUGAAGAGGGAACUUUAUUCAUCCUGGGCUCGAUUGCCAGUAGUCUGUUAUGGGGUUUCAUUAGUUGCUCGAGUGUCAUCCGCUGUAGGGAUGACAGGGUGAGGAAGAGGACAGGUUUUAGAUCCAAGGGCCAGCAGGUUGACAGCGUACCUGUAGCGGCUUUGUGAGAAUGGGUUGGCGGCUUGGCGGCUUGGCGCAACGGAUGGUACGUGAACUGGGAGGCGUUGUGAACGAGAACGUGUCUACUUACAUCAUGGGUAUGUUGCCAGAGAAGCUGAAGCAGCGAGGUGUGUGGUCCAGAAGGACAGUGACAGGGUGAUGGAAGCAGGUGUUGAGGGGGCAGAGCGUCAGUUCCGAUGCGGGCUCACUGCUGCCCCAGCGGCUGGCCCCAAGCCAAUGGUCGUCACACGUUCCCAAUGCACGUGUGUCGCUACGCUGUACACCAAAAGGUGCUGGUAGUGCUCUUGGUAGCGUGGCCAUGCAUGUAUGGUCGUACGGUAUCAUUGGCGCGCAUGGCAGCAGCCGCUACCCAGUACUAGUUGUUAUCUGCACCGCCAGUCGAAGGGGUGGUAUGGCAUAAUAGCCCGUGUUACUACAGCAGCCAGAUGAUGAUCGUGUGCUUUGGGCGGCAUGUGUGGUAUCGAGCGGGAGCGAACAACGGCGCUCGCGGCGCUAGAAGUGAGGUCCCAUGCGCAAUGCCGAGUAUGCGGCUGCGUAUGCUACCUCCAACUGAGAUACCCGUGAAGGAUAGCGGGGCGCACGGAGUUCUGUUGAGGCCAUUUCGGGAAACCGCGUCACUGUGACGGAACCGGCAUGUUGCUUUGGGUACCGCAGUUGCACUGCAGCUUGCGCGUGGCGUACAGCCAUACGCGGCAGCCGUGCAGGAGCCGGCAAGGCCGGGGGCAGAAUGGCGAGCGUUGCAGCUGAUGGAUGCGUUGCGGGCCAGGCGCUUGAGGGCUGGUGCUCUUGCAGAUGGUCGUACCGUCGUAGCUGCUUACGCCAUAUGUGUGAGUGGGUUCGUGUGUUGGACGAUACGCCCAGGACCUACCCCGGGACACCUCCCAGUCCAUUUCUACAGCCCUAUGCAUUCAACUCCCGCGACCGUGUUGGUGCGUCAUGAAAGCAGUCGGAGUGUCAGACAAGCCUCGCCACUCA